AUGGCGGCGGCGGACGGUGGGCGACGGAUGGUGGCAGCGAACGGCGGACGGCAGACGACGGGGGGAAGUGGCGGUGGACGGCGAUGCGGCCAGUGCGGAGAAUGGCGGCUGGCAUCGGGCAGCGACGGGCGGCGAGAGGGGGGCGGCGGCGGGAGGAGGGCAAACAAUGGCAGCAAAUGGCGGGCAGCGGACAGUGAGGGGAGGCGGUGGCGGACGACAACGUGGCCAGUGCGGAGGAUGACGACCGACGUUGGGCAGCGGCAGGAGGUGGGUGGCGGCGGGAGGAGGAUGGCCGGCGGCAGGAAACGGUGGCCGGCGGACAGCAGCCGUCGGCAGGAGAAGGCAAACGGCGAGAGGCGGAAAGGGGGCGGGAGGGGAGUGACGACAAGCGGCGGGAGGUGGGUGGUGGCAAGAGGAGGGCAGCCAGCAAUGGGAGAAGGUGGUCGGCGGAUAGCGGCCCACGGCGGCUGUCGGCAAGAGAAGACGAAUGGCGGGAGACGGCAGCCGGCAAGUGGGCAGUGA